UUUUUCCCCAGUCUGAAAAUACUGACUCACAAUUGACCCAGCGCAUACAGGAGAACAGAUUUGUUUUAUUUAUACAUGUGAAAAGCAGUAUCAGAAUGGGAAAGAUGUGAAUAAAGCUUUAUGGAAGAUUCCUACUAUCCAACAAGGGGAACAUGUUAUCUGCAUAGCUGAUACAUUAAGACUAAAAAAUGAAUUGGGCGCUAUUUCAAGGAUUGCUCAGUGGUGUAGGCAAGUUCUCCACUGCCUUUGGUCGCAUCUGGCUUUCUGUUGUCUUCAUCUUCCGACUUUUAGUUUAUGUGGUGGCAGCGGAACGAGUAUGGGGUGACGAGCAAGGGGAUUUUGACUGCAACACACGGCAACCAGGAUGCAACAAUGUCUGUUAUGAUCACUAUUUUCCAAUCUCUCACAUUAGACUCUUUGCUCUUCAACUUAUCCUGGUCACUUGCCCAUCUCUACUUGUGAUUAUGCAUGUGGCUUAUCGGGAGGACAGAGAGAAAAAACGUAUAAAACGUUUGGGGGAGAACUGUGGAAGGCUAUAUCUGGACACUGGAAAGAAGAGAGGUGGGUUAUGGUGGACCUACCUCCUUAGUCUUCUUAUUAAAGCUAUAGUGGAUGCAGUAUUUCUUUACAUCUUUCACAGGCUCUAUCCCGAUUACAAACUCCCAAAUACUGUCAAGUGCUCCAUUGAUCCUUGUCCAAACAUCGUAGACUGUUUUAUAUCUAGACCAAGUGAGAAAACUAUAUUUACUCUCUUUAUGGUGGGAACUUCUAUACUAUGCAUCUUACUUAAUUUAUGUGAGAUUGCAUACCUGGUGUGCAAGAGAUGUUGUGAGUGCAUGAAAAAGAGGAACGAACAAGUCGUGAGAAAAAGUGAAAAGGUUGUCACAUUCCUCCACAGUCAAGAAAUUAUCCGUGCUGAUAAUAAGCUAAAUGAGGAGAUGGACAACCAGUGUUCAUAUGUACAUGCAACUGAAAUUAGAAAACCGUGCUUAACUAAGGGUUAGGCACUUUUUCUCUAUUCAUUCUGGUGGCUGAAAGUUGUGUUAAAGGAAAACAUCUAAUUGGUGUGGAGUUAUGAUGUGGCUGACCCUAAUACCAAAACAAUAACACAAUAAAUAUAUCAUCUCAUGUUACAUCAGUGGUACCUUCAUCCAGGAGGCUCAUACUUGAAGACAUAUGAAUAAAACCACAGAAAAAUCCUAUGGCGAAAAAAACCCACUUAUGUAUAAUUUCUCUUUAAAAGUUGCUGUUCACUGCUAGAUUAGCUAUUUUAUUGGUAUAUCAUACUGCCAACUUUCAGAGAUAACAAUACUGCACAGACAGAACACUGCUCUAUAAAAUAACCAACAAUGGGAUUUCUGAUUUUAUAAAUAUAUUAUACACUAGAGAAAGGCAUUUAAAAAUUGUGGAUGACCUUAAGUAUUUGUCAUUCAAUUUUCAUCUGGUUCUUUAAAAUCAUUGUAUGGUUCUCUUAAGAUAUAUCAGUCAAAAUAAUUAACACAUGUAAAAGUGCAAAGUUUACAGAACUUCAAAAUAUCAAAUUAAUUUGGUUUACCUCUUCCAUCAGUGUACAUGCUUGUGCUAAUUUUAGAUUAGCAUUUCAAAGCUAAAGAAAAUAUAGCUUUUAAAACCCCGACAUAGCACCUGGGAAUGCACAUUACAGUACAAAUGCUUAGAGUAUGUAAUUUUGUAGUAUCGGUAUUUGAUCAAACUCUUUUUGACCAAAAACAUAAUUUCCAUUUUUGUUUGCUAAUAUUUCAUAUUCUAUCUAAAAUAUUGCAAGAUAAAGAAACCCACGUAAAAAAUUAUCCUCAACAUAUCAGUGAAGGAAAAAUGAAUACUUCGAAAUGAAAUGUUUAUUUUUCAGACAGUCAAAUCCAUGGGGUGCCAGAUUUACAGUUUAGCUGCUAAUCUGGCAUGCU